GCGUAUUAGCACUUUUUUUUACUUAACUUUUUUAGGUAAAUACUAUUUUUGAGCAGCGCCUCUCCAUCGCACGUAUGUAUUCAGAUUUAAAUGUGUCACUCUGAGGCAGCGGUUCAGCAGGUUCUGCAGUUAUUGUUGGAAUAAAAAUUGGUUUGGUUGCGUCGUUUAGCUCUUGUUCCGCUUUCUUACUCUAUACACCGCCUCGCCUUCAAAUGAUUUGCAUUUUUUAACUGACUUUCAGCUUUUCCACGGAAUGACGUUUAAAGAAAUGAGAACCUACAGACUAUAUCUCCUUAUUGUGAACAUUAUAUUCAUCACAUCAUUUCCAGAUCUGCAGGCACAAAAACUGGAGGUACUGCCAGAAGUUCCAGGAUACCUGGGCCAUGAAGUCGUUUUAAGAUGCAGGUUCAUCACAAGCUCUAAAGAUUCCAUAGUUUCACAGGUUCAGUGGGAUAUAAAGUCAGAGAGCGAAAACUCCACAAUUCUGGUUUUCAACUCAGAUCAUGGAAUGACUAUUCGAGAAUCUUCCCUGAAGGACAGAGUGAAUCUUACAGAACACUCACUGAAAAUAACAGAUUUGAAAUUGACUGAUACAGGCUCCUACACCUGCAGCAUUUCUGUUUAUCCCAGUGGAUCAUUCAAAAAAUCCACUACACUUAUUGUUUAUGAUGAGCCUGUCCCUGAACAAAAGCAGGUGCAGACAUCCCCAGGGAUACUCUCUGCAAUCAUUAUCUCAGUCUUACUUCUUCUAGUGAUCCUCACCGCCGCAGCUUACCUUACCUAUAUCAAAAGACAAAAUGCGGCACGCAGGCUUCAAGUCCACAUUGAUACAUCGAGGCGUUUAGCCAGUGUGACCAGACCAUCUUAUAUUUUUAAGGAGCAGGAUGAAGUGGUGUAUGCGGAUGUGACGCCUAAACGAAUGAGAGAAUCAGAAUCCUCACUUAAUAAGAAAUCCCACACCGCUGCUCAGGCUGAAGAGGUCACUUAUUCUGAGGUCAAGGUUUAUCAUCAAAGACCUAACUUAGAAACAAUGUUUAGUCUUUGAUUUUUUGCAAAAAGAGAAAAAUAAAUACUGUACCAGUAAUACUUUCAUAAAAAUAUCUUAUCUCCACCUUUAUUAACUGUCCACAUCCUGUAGCUGUUCUGCAGUCUUUCUGCACCUUAUCUCUAGCUAAAUGAUAAUAUCAUCAUGUCUGCAUUUACCAAGCUUGUUGUUGCUUCCUGCAAACAUACCGUACUAUAGUUACGUAUAUAUUGAAAUGAACCUGUGGGUAAGAAGACUCACCCCUAUACAGGAAUGUCAACCUUCACCUGUUGGGUAUGAGACUCAUGCAUCUCAGUGUCUUCACACACUCUCACUCCAUAUUCCCAAUUUUUUACGCUUUAAAAUUACAGACAUUUAAAAUCAACUUCAUUCCACUUAUUUAUACAUAAAAAUAGCAUGGUUAUGAGAAUCCAGUCCGCAUUUUUAAUACACCCUUAGUGUUAACACACAAGGACAUGCCAAGUGUAAUCCAGUCCUUAUUUUUGCACUAAUCCACCUAUUCACUGAAAGCAGCUUAGACUGGGAUUUCUGAGAAGUUAUUUUGAGGUAUGUCAUUUUAAUUUUUAUCUUAUCUCACCUGGACUAAGUUAAUUUUCUUAUUAAAUUAUUGGAGAUUUCAAGCAAUCUAGUACUUAAGUAAAUAUGAGUUAAAUAUAAAGCAGUUCGCAAUCAAUGUUUAGAUAUGUAGGAUCACAUUAAAUGGUUUAUUUGCUCUUUACCUAGUGCUUUUUUUUAAUUCCCAGUUUUAGUCCAUGUUUUUCUCACAAGUAAAAUAAUUAUUGCUCAGUCUAGUGUAAUAAUCUCCCAUUGGAAUUUAGGACUAAUUAAACCAACGCAAAUAUCUAAAUACUUAAAGCUUUCAGGUUUGCGUCAACAAUCCAUAUGAGGUUCACAAAAAGAGAAAGAACCAUUGCAUUUUAUUUUUCAAAAGAUCAGCCAUCCAAGAAAAGACCUGCCUCAUACAGAGAGGAUGGUCAGAACAACUCAGUUUUCCAGGAUUCACAGAGGAGGAACCACAGGGAUGCUCUCAUUUUAUUAUUACUUAUCUUAUUCAUUUUGCCUUAUUUUGGUCCAUUGAACAUGCUUAAAAACAUAAUUUCCAUCACAUUUUCCAAUAAAAAAAAACUAAUAACAUAAUGAGUGAAGCUUUUUUAUCCUUCGCAUAUUGACAAAUAUUCAUACACAGUGUAGUUUGCACAGGAUUUGAUUUCAGUGGUUUCUGUAUUAGGGACAAUCAAUCCAGUAAUAACUUAUUAGUUUCCCAUUGUUUAUUUUACUUGAACUGUUCAAUAUAAUUAAUAAACAAGUUGUAAAAUCCUUAGUUUACAGUAUAAUUAAGAUGCAACUAUUUUAGUAGGGUCCACUCUUCUUCAGUCUACUUCAGUUCUCUGAAAAUCACCAGAAUAUAGAAAAUAAUGUAUAUUGUGAGAAAAAUGUUCCACAUUACUACAGAUCACUUAUUGUUACUCGGUUACAUUUACUGUCCUAUCAAAAAUUCCCCAUGUUGACACUUUGUUUCAGUUAAAUCUUUUGAAAACCUACAACCUAUAGCUGCAUCUAUGUAUCUUUCCAAACUAUUUCAACAUCUCACUCCGAGGUUUGGUGAAAAGUUUAGCUCCCAGCUAUAUCAUAUAAACCAUGCCCUUUUGUGAUCAUGCAACCUUAUCUUCAGGUGGAAAUUCCUGUUUCAGCCAGACUGAAAAGGGAGAUAGUACAUGUGAAAAGUGCUUAGAUGUUUCAUUUUUACCUUUAUUUCUUGUCAAAGGGAUUUUUAUUUUGUUGCAUUUGAUGUGUAAUGAAUGUUACAUAUAUUUUCAUGUAUUGUCUUUCACAGUAUAAAACCACCUAAACACUAUUGCGAACAUUCGUGUUCUUAGCUACACUGAAUCAUUGGUUUAACUUACCUCUACCUAAUCCAAUAUACAUGUAAUUGUCAGUUACAUCAUCUCAGGAAUGUGUUGUAGUAGUAAAAAUUUGGGCUCAAACUUCUUGAAAGAGAUAGGAAAAUGCAUCUCUGAUAUAAAGGACGGAAAAUCUAUUAUAGCCGUGUAGAAGGAGCGAAACAUUGAUAGAUCCACUCUGUAAAAGUUAAUUAAAGUUACCCUAAAGAAGUGCAGUAAGUUGGAAUUGAUGUUUGCACAACAGUAUUUCUGUUCUUAACAACUGGAACAUUCAUUCAAACAGGUGGAUUGUUAAUAACAUCACAUUUUCCAGUUAAAAAAAAAGUUCAUAUAAAGGAUUGUUUUGAAAUUUUGAUUGUUUGAAAUGUUUCCACAUAACUACAGAUCACUUAUUGUUAUCCAGUAACAUUUACAGUGCUAUAGAAAUUCCACAUUUUGCCACGUUGUUUCAAUUAAAUCCUCUGAGAUCUGCA